AUGUCUGAGUACGAAACAAAGAAUUCGCAAUCAGAUUUAAAUCGCCCCGAAGAUACCCAGCAUACCAUUUUGCCCACAGUGCAAGACUUAUGGACUACGGAAGAGCAUGAGAAGAUGGAUCGAGCCGUGCUCGAGAAAGUCAGAGACAUCGCUCCGCCGUGUAAGAUCUUGGAUGAUUACAAAGAUGCAGCUCAGCUACUGCUUCAAAUUAUUGAACCUUGCAAGGACGUCAUGAAGUACAGUCUCAUUGAUCACCACUAUAACCUGGAGGCCGUAUGCGAUUCAUGCCCAGAAUUGCGCGUUGUAUUGGCAGAGGCACUGGAAAAGACCACCUUCGCCCACAUCCGCUGUUUGGAAAUUGUGCGGAACGACGCGCGUUUUCCCUCCUUUUUGAGCGCGGAAUAUCCUGUGUACUCACGUGUCGUCAUCUGGCAUGGGAGCACCCGUGGAUCCAGUGACUCACUGCUUAAUUCUCUCGCCAGAGAACACGUAGUUGUGCCUCUCAGUCUAAGAGAUAGUGGACGUGAUAUAUCUCCUUCAGAUCGCGCUGUAUAUAAGUGGUUUAAUGAAGAUCAGGACGAUCCCGACGAUAUGACCGUACGCUUCACCGCAUUCUUAGCGGCGUUGUUCGAGAAGGUCGCUCACAUCCUGGAGCAUCCAGAAGAGGACAUCAUCGAUCGAAUCGCCAAGGAAAAAAGCCUGCAGCAAAGUGUGCGACAGGAGGCAUUUCAACACCUUCCAAGGACUCUGGCAGGCAAGCUCCAUCUGUUUAUGACUAUCGGACGACGGAAGGACCGUCGCCAAGGAAAACUACGAAGGGAGUUCUAUGACCAGGUACUCCAGAGAGCGAUUGAGCUCUACCGUUAUGUAACAUCCGGUGGAACAGCCGAAAAGGCUUGUGUUCCGGAGAUAAUGACCAAUCAGCCUAGCCACUCUCCGGCAGACAAACUUGCUGCUUUCCUCCAGUCCUCCGCACAGCAUGCAGUUUCUCUUGUUGUUCCUCCGCGCUCAACCGCCUCUAAAUCACCCUCCGAGAGACUAUUCCUCGUUGUCGAGAAUGCACAUACCCUUGUUACCCGCCUGCAUAUCAAUGCCGAGCACCACCCUAACAAUGGCGAAGAGUGGACACGCUUCUCUUGCCUUCGCCGCGCCUUUCGUGCCCUGCACGGGCUCCCGAUUUGGUGCAUUUGUGCGGGCUUCGCAAAAGCUGCUAUACUCUGGAAUGCAAUGGAUGAUCAAUUCAAAGAUCAUCAAGGAUCCGGAUGCCGAGUCGUCUUCGGGGUCCUCCAAUUCCGAGAAAGAGAUUGA